AUGGCUCCUUUGCAUCUCCAAACUUCCCACAACACUAUCCCUCAUCAAAGAACUGCGUUUGGGAGAUCGAAGGCAGAUGCAGGAUAUCAAAUUUUCCUGAAUUUCACUACGUUUAACAUUGAGGGAAUGAAAACCGAAUGCGCCUACGAUUAUGUGAAAAUCGGUGAAAGCGAGAAGCUUUGUGGAGAAUACUGUAAGAUUGAGAUUUCUUGA